UAAACAAGUGGAAACCAAGUAAGGUUUUAUACUUGGAUAGUGUGAUGCCAGUUCGAUCUCGUAGUCUAUCGCGUGUCGAGAGUUUCUUUGGUAACAGUUUGGAUCAACAGGAGAUAAUUUGCAGCAACAACCUAUUGCAUUCCAGGAUGCCUAAUAUAAAAGUGUUUUCUGGCACUUCGCACCCUGAUUUGGCGCAAAGAAUCGUUGAUCGUUUGGGUAUUGAUUUGGGCAAAGUAGUGACAAAGAAAUUUAGUAAUCUGGAAACAUGUGUUGAAAUAGGCGAGUCCGUACGCGGAGAAGAUGUAUACAUUGUGCAGUCUGGUUCUGGAGAAAUUAAUGACAAUUUAAUGGAGCUGUUGAUAAUGAUAAAUGCUUGCAAAAUAGCGUCCGCUUCAAGAGUGACUGCAGUUAUUCCAUGUUUCCCAUAUGCCCGCCAAGAUAAGAAGGAUAAGUUACAAGGGGGCGAAGACGGCUCAGAUAACAUGAAGUUUGCCAAAAAAAACCACGACUGGAAAUUUAGGAGUCGCGCUCCCAUAUCGGCCAAAUUAGUCGCAAACAUGCUGUCUGUAGCUGGAGCCGAUCAUAUUAUAACAAUGGAUUUACACGCAUCCCAAAUACAGGGUUUCUUUGAUAUUCCCGUUGACAACUUGUAUGCGGAGCCAGCAGUUUUGAAAUGGAUUAAGGAAAACAUACCCGAGUGGAAGAACUCCAUUAUUGUAUCGCCAGAUGCUGGAGGUGCGAAACGCGUUACAUCCAUAGCAGAUCGUCUUAAUGUCGAAUUCGCUCUUAUCCAUAAAGAACGAAAGAAAGCGAACGAAGUAGCUUCUAUGGUACUUGUUGGUGAUGUGAAGGAUAAAAUUGCUAUUUUGGUGGAUGACAUGGCCGACACUUGUGGUACUAUUGUCCACGCUGCUGAUCGUUUAGUCGAGGCAGGAGCACUUAAGGUGUACGCUAUAUUAACACAUGGCAUAUUUUCGGGUCCGGCGAUUUCUCGGAUUAAUAAUGCUUGCUUCGAAGCUGUUGUUGUUACUAAUACCAUACCGCAGGAUGGACAUAUGAGGGACUGUCCAAAAAUUCAGUGCAUUGAUGUAUCAAUGAUGUUUGCCGAAGCUGUAAGGAGGACACACAAUGGCGAAAGUGUUUCUUAUCUUUUCUCAAAUGUUCCGUAUUAAUAUUAAUUAAAUCUUAACGGACAUUUCGAUUUAGAUUUAUUGUGUAACUACGUUUACCAAACUACAUAUUUUUCGUUGCAGCAUAUUUUUUUUUAUAAAAUAUAAAUAUUGCAACUGAAAACCACAUUUUAUCCGAUACUAUAUUUUUUAAAAUGAACGAAUUAGAAACAAAGUAGAUUAGGAAUUAACCUCAGGCCGUAAAUACUAUGCUUUGCAUUAAUUUGUAAACAGAAAUUAUAUAAAUUGUUAAGAAUUACUGUUAACCUGUUUUCUUUUAACACCAAAUAAUUCAGAAAUCUUAGUUUUUAAUAUAUUUGUGGUCCAUAGAACAAUCCACCAAAAACUAUUCUGAGUAGUUUUAUUAUUGAUUACUACAUACAAGUAGGUACAAUGCAUUGAAGUGUAUGUAUGUACGUUAUAAGUAAUUCUGAGCGUGUGUAAAACUGUAGAAAAGUUUCAAUAAAUAUUACUGUAAAGCUA